AUGGACGUUGAAGCAAGAAAAUUCUGUGGAUUAUUGAUGUUCAAUAAACCAUUUGUAUCAUCAAAAGGUCCUGGAUCAUUCGAUUCAUCAUCAAAUUAUAAUAAUAAUAAUAAUAACAACAAUUUAUCAUCUUCAAUCAUCCAAUCAAAUUACAACAUCAAUUCAUCGGCAAAUCCAACAACCAAUAAUAAUAGAUCAAACGAUUACAUUUCAUUGGAUAACAGUAACUACAAUAAUAUUAUCAAGAAUAAUAAUAAUAACAGCGAUGAUGACAAAUCAUCAAAAGACCAAGACGAAAAAAGACCUCCCAGACCUCCAAAUGCUUUCAUCUUAUACAGAAGAGCAAGACAACCUGCAAUCUUGGCAGCAAAAAGACAUUUGACCAACGCAGAAAUCUCUAGAUAUAUUUCCGAUCUAUGGAAAAACGAAAGCAACGAAACUAAAUUGGAAUGGGAAAGAUACGCUGAUCAAAAGAAAUUGGAACACAUGCAAGCAUAUCCAAAUUACUAG